UUGUAUGAACUUGUAUAAUUUGGAAAACUAAAUUUGCAGUGAUAAGCAUAGUGAGAUUUGGAAAGAAUCAUGCACUCUAAGGGGGAGAGCGGUAGGAGUAAAGGAUCGCAGAGCAUCAAAGUGACAGCAAUGUUCGAGGAAUUGGUGCUCAAAUGGACUUUGAAAGACGUCAUGGAUGAAAAUCGCUUUGCUCAGAAGGUGAAACAAAUUCCGGAGAAAUUUACGUCUGUAGUGGAAUACCUUGGCUCAUUUGUUUGGCCUCUGAUAGAAGAAACACGAGCACAACUACAGCAGGGUCUGGAAUCUAUAUCUGAAGAGCAGAGUAGAAGUAUCACGUUUCAUGAAAAGCGCCUAUUAGAAGGUGAAUUACGUAACUAUAAUAUCCAUUAUACAGAAGGACAGAAGGACGAGAAAAGAAAAUUGAAGUGGAAACCAAAGGACAUACUUAUAUUAUCGACAAAAUUCUCUGAGAAUCUAGAAUACUUUCAUGAUGAGUAUUUGUUAGCUAUAGUCCAGGAACCUUGGCAGGAAACGGCUAAGGAUGGGUUUAAGGUGAAGCUGUAUAUGCCGAAUGGACAUCCCUUUGCAUCAGAAAAAUACAGUAAAAAAAGUGAAUUCUUCGCUUUUUAUGUCGGUAGUAUCAUAUCAAGUUUGAGAAUCUGGAAAGCUUUACAUGCCCACUUGCAAGAUGAGGAAAAAAACUUGAUCAUGCUUCAUAAAGCGAUAUGCUUCAAUACGAAGGAUCAUAAAAAGGACAAUACAGAAGUGAAAGAAGAUGGUUUAGAUAAGUUCAGGAGCAAGCACUUCAUGCCUCAUGACUUAAAUGAUUCUCAAAUAUCUGCUGUAAUUCAAGCAGUUAAUGCAGUUGAAUCUAAAUAUUCUUCUGAUAUAAAGCUGAUCCAGGGCCCCCCGGGAACAGGAAAGACCUCAAUGCUGAUCUCGCUUCUUUCUAUUUUAGGUCAUAAGAUGUUAAGAGUACUUGUGUGUGCACCCACUAAUGCAGCGAUAUCAGAAGUUGCAAUGAGGUUCGUCAGGAUAGUUACAAGUCCAUCUGGAAGUUGUCCUGAUGAAGAUAAUUUUCCUUGUGUCAUGAAUUUGGGUGAUCUCGUACUGGUAGGGAACGAGGAGAGAUUUGAUCGAGAAGGUAUUUUGGGAAAUAUUUUCUUUAAAGAUCGAAUUGAUCGUUUGUACAACUGUUUCCUGCCAAUGACAGGAUGGAGGUACAGUGUGACAUCUCUUCUUGAUUUUCUUGAAUCAGCUGUUUCCCAGUAUGAAGUUUCUCAAGAAACAGACAGCCUUGAUUUUUCACAGUCUAUUAGACAAAGACUGCAGACUUUAACCUCAAAAUUUUGUGAGGCUGCAAACACAUUAUUAAAUGAUUUGCCAGGAGCCUUAUCAGGAAAACAGGAACUGGAAUGUUUGAUCAACGCUGUUGAAUCUUUUGUGAAUUUUAUUGAAAAUCAUAAUGUCAAAGAAAGUGUCCUUAUAGAAUGUUGUUGCAGUAACAGCGAAGGUCUGGGAGAGGCAGAAGGGUCAACAAGUAUAGUUAAUAAGAACAUGCGUAGUAAUGAGAAAGAUUUAAAGGUUUUUAUUUGUUUGAAGAGGAGUGAGUGUAUCCAAUUGCUGAGAAAGCAUUUGUCCAGUCAAACUGAUAUUGCCCAUAUGGCCCAAAAGGUCAUCUCGCCUGAUCAUAUAGAGAGUACUUGCUUGUCGCAUGCUAAAUUGGUAUUUUCAACAGUAUCGUCUUCUGCAAGAGGGUGCAUGAAUGAGACCGCACCGUUUGACUGCUUGAUUAUUGACGAGGCAGCCCAGCUCACAGAGGCUGAAUCAACCAUUGCAUUGCAGACCCGUGGUGUGAGGCACGCAAUCCUUAUAGGAGAUCCAUAUCAGCUGCCGGCAACAGUUAUCAGCCUGCUAUCCCAGAAAGCAGGAUAUGGUAGAAGUCUCUUUGAAAGAUUACAAUUACUUGGACAUCCAGUCCAUCUUCUAAAUACACAGUAUCGCAUGCAUCCAUCUAUCAGUCAAUUCCCAAAUAUGGCGUUUUAUGGAAAUUGUAUCAUGAAUGGUCCCAAUGUUAACAUGGAAGCAUAUGGCAAUGCGUAUAUUACGUCUGAAAUGUAUGGAACAUAUGCUUUUGUUAAUAUAGCAGAUGCAAGAGAAGCGGAAGAUGGUUUUGGAAAGAGCAAGCAGAAUGUUGUUGAGGCUGCUGUUGUCUUGCACAUGAUCGCUAAACUGUUUAAAGUUUGUGCUGCCAGACAAAUGAGAAUUAGUGUAGGUGUAAUAUCACCUUACAGUGCACAAGUUAGAUACUUGGAGAGUAAGCUGACGAGUAAGGAUGAAUGGAUGAACAAUAUUGAUAUAGAGGUCAAAUCUGUGGAUGGGUUUCAAGGUGGAGAAAAGGACAUCAUUAUAAUUUCCACUGUUAGAACCAACAACAACAUUGGCUUCCUUUCUGAUUGGAGACGUGCAAAUGUUGCUUUAACCCGGGCACGAUUCUGUCUUUGGAUUGUUGGGAAUGGCUCCAUGCUUGUUAAAACUAAAUCUAUAUGGAAGGAGAUAGCAAAGGAUGCAAUUGCAAGGAAGUGCUUUCUAGAUCCAAAUGUAGACAGUGGAAUGGUGAAAACAAUAAGAAAUGCAAAGGCUGAGAUGGAUCAACUUGAAGAUCUAUUAAAGACGGAUUCCAUCUUGUUCAACAACACAGUUUGGAAGGUUACAUUCAGCAGCGAGUUUAAAGACUCAUUUACCAAGCUGAAGGGUUUAGAUGUGCGACAGCAAAUAAUCAACACAUUACUGAAAUUAGCCAAUGGCUGGCGACAAGCUAGGAAACAUGCUGGUUCUGCUCAGAAAAGUCUUAUAAAUGAAUAUGUAACUUCAGGAUUACACUUAGUGUGGACAACAGAUGUUGAACGAGGAGAGCAAGUAUUUCAAAUAUUAAAAAUAUGGAAUGUUCUUCGCCUUGAAGAACUUCCUAACCUUAGACAACGCUUAGAAAAUGUUUUCACAACAUAUACUCCAGAGUACAUUGACCGGUGCAAAGCAAAGUUUUUGGACAAGGAUGGAAAAACGGUACUCCCACGGCGAUGGAAGGAUGAUCCUGAGUUUGUUUGGUAUAAGCGUCUACAGAAAUCAGAAAUGCUUGAGACUCCACGUUGGGAAAGUUUCGAUAAGGAAACCGUUUCACUCGAGCAUGCCAGGGUCGAAGAAAGUUUAUUGCUGAUGAAGUUCUAUUCUCUGACUUCUGGCAUUGCAAAUCAAUUGCUAACAGCCACAGAUGGAUCAGAGAUUGGCCUUCAGUUUGAGGUAAAUGAUGAAGAAUCACGAAUAAUCAGGUUUCCAAGAAGUUCAUUUAUUCUUGGGCGCUCUGGUACGGGCAAAACAACUGUACUUACAACCAAACUUCUUAAGAACGAACAGCAAUUGAAUCUUGCUAUUCGUGGUAUCUCGUCGGAGAAGCAGACUGAUGUAGAAAGUACAUCUGGGAGAAACGAUUUGCAACAAGAGUAUCAUAAUGCGAGUUGUCUCCGCCAAAUGUUUGUCACUGUUAGUGCAAAGCUCUGUUCAGCAAUAAGGAAUCACAUUAGUCACACUGACAGUUUUGUACAGGGACAGGAUCGUGCUCACUGCAUGGAAAUGUUAGACAGCAGUGAUAGCCUGCAGGAAUUUGAAAAUAUUCCAGAUAGUUUUAUAGAUAUAGAUGACAAACAUUUUCCUCUAGUCAUAACAUUUCAGAAGUUUUUGAUAAUGUUGGAUGGGAGUGUACCAUAUCAUUUCUUCCGAGAUAGAUGUUCUAAAGAACAAGGAUACCAGCUACAAAAGAAAGGGUUUUGUUCAAAUGAAGUGACUGGUGAGGAAGUGGAUUCAACAAAAUCAGACAGCAACCGUGAGUACUUUGAUGAUGGCGGUCAAGAUGCUGAGAUACUUGAUGACCAGGAAUUCUUUGUUGGCGUAAAAGGACCAACAUAUAAACGAUCUCUUGCAUUCAUGCAAAUCAUGAGAAAAAAUGAAGUCAACUAUGAACGUUUUGACUCUGUUUAUUGGCCACAUUUCAAUGCCGAGCUAAGAAGAGGGCUCGACUCUUCAGUAGUAUUCACUGAAAUUAUAUCCCACAUAAAAGGUAGUUCAAAAUCUGUUAGUUCUGCUGACUUCAGGACGAGUCGGGAUGAGUACAUUGCAAUGGGAGAAAGUCGUGUCUCUACAUUACAUGUCAAACAAAGAGAAGCAAUCUAUAAGAUUUUCUUGCACUAUGAAAAGAAAAAGCAAAGGAAUGGCAACUUUGACAUUGCUGAUGUGGUAAAUCACUUGCAUCGCCAGAUUCAAUCUAAUGGAUAUUUGGGUGUGAAAUUGAACUUUAUUUAUGUUGAUGAAGUUCAGGAUCUUCCCAUGGCCCAAAUUUCUUUGUUCAAGUAUGUGUGCUCUAAUGUUAGGGAGGGCUUUGUCUUUGCCGGUGACACUGCCCAAACAAUUGCAAGAGGUGUUUACUUUCGUUUCGAAGACAUCAGAAAUUUGUUCUAUAAAGAAUUCCUUGAAGCAGACAAUGAUCAGACCAAAAAAAUAAACAUGCCUGACUUGUUUCAUCUCACCCAAAAUUUCCGAACUCAUACUGGUAUAACAAAAUUAGCACACAGUGUAGUGGAGCUGCUGUAUCACUACUUUCCUUUUGCUGUAGAUAAAUUAAGCCCAGAGACUAGUCUAAUAUAUGGAGAAGCUCCUACAUUUCUAGAUACUAAGGAGGGAGAAAAUCCCAUUACCACCAUUUUUGGCCAUGGAAGAAGCUCUGGAAGUGAAAAGUAUGAGUUUGGUGCUGAACAAGCAAUAUUAGUACGAGACGAUAAUCAGAAGGUGCAGGUUCUUGAGCAAGUGGGGAAGCAGUGUCUCGUAUUGACAGUAUUUGAAUGCAAAGGACUUGAAUUUCAGGAUGUGCUGCUGUAUAAUUUCUUCAGUAGCUCUCCAUUGGGCACGAAGUGGCGGGUAAUAUAUGAUUUCAUGAAUCAGAAAGGUCUGGAUAGCUGUGAGCAAAAUCAAUAUCCUAAGUUUGAUAGUAUCAAGCAUAAUCUUCUGUGCAGUGAAGUGAAACAUUUAUAUGUUGCUAUUACCCGUUCAAAAGAAAGAUUGUGGAUAUAUGAAGAGAACCCUAAAUAUGCUAAACCCAUGCUGGAUUAUUGGAAACAAAAGGACAUUAUACAGUACAGAUGUUUUGACAGAUCCAUGGUGGAAUCAAUGUAUGUUGCUAGUAGUUGUGAGGACUGGAGGAAGCGUGGAAUACAGAUGUUUAAUGAGAAGAACUAUAAUAUGGCGGUUAUUUCUUUCGAGAGGGCUGGAGAUAUGAAAAUGGCUAAAUGGGCAAAAGCUAGAAAGCUUCAAGAAGAUGGACAGAGAAAUCUUGAGACACACAAAGAAGCUGCCAAACAUUUUCUGAUAGAAGCAGCAAAAAUUUUCCUUUCUAUAGGGAAGCCAGAUUCUGCUGCUUAUUGCUUCAUUUUAAUGGGAGAAUAUAUUGAAGCUGGCAGAAUAUAUGAGGAAAAAUGCAGUGAAACACGGCUUGAAGAUGCAGGAGAUUGUUUUUCAGAGGCAAAAUGUUGGCACAAUGCAGCAGGUGCAUAUGCUAGAGCUAAUUGUCUUUCUAAAUGCCUGAAUGCCUGCAUAAAGGGAAAAUUAUUUGACAUUGGUUUGGAAUUUAUUGAAGUCUUGAAAAUGGAAAACUGCAAAUCAAACUGCGGAAAAUGUGAGGCUUGCGAUGGUGUAAAAAUUAAAACUGAGUAUCUCAAAAUGUGUUCAACACAUUUUCAUCAGAAAAAGGAUACCAAGUCUAUGAUGAAAUUUGUGAAAGCCUUUCCUACGAUGGACUUAAUUAGAUCUUUUCUUUGGAGGAAAGGUUACUUUGAUGAACUUCUGGAAAUCGAAGAGACAAAUGAGAACUUCAUGCAGGCUGCACAGGUGGCAGAGAUGAAAGGCGAUUUGUUUCUUGAGGCUGUUAAGUAUCUUAAAGCAUGUGCAAUGCAUUUUCAUCAGAAAAGGGAUACCAAAUCUAUGAUGAAAUUUGUCAAAGCCUUUCCUACAAUGGACUUAAUUAGAUCUUUUCUUUGGAGGAGAGAUUACUUUGAUGAACUUCUGGAAAUUGAAGAGACAAAUGGGAACUUCAUACAGGCUGCACAGGUGGUGGAGAUGAAAGGUGAUUUGUUUCUUGAGGCAGUUAAGUAUCUUAAAGCAUGUGCAAUGCAUUUUCAUCAGAAAAAAGACACCAAGUCUAUGAUGAAAUUUGUGAAAGCCUUUCCUACAAUGGACUUAAUUAGAGAUUUUCUUUGGAGUAAAGAUUACUUUGAUGAACUUCUGGAAAUUGAAGUGACAAAUGGGGACUUCGUAGAGGCUGCACAUGUGGCUGAGAUGAAAGUUGAUUUGUUACUUGAGGCUGACAUGCUAGAAAAAGCAGAGAAGUAUGAAAAAGCAGUUGACUCGAUUCUACAACAUGUGCAGUUAAGUUCUUUGUGGGGAAUGGAAAAUAAAGGAUGGCCACUCCAGCACUUUCAUGAAAAGAAUCAACUUGUAGAGAGAAUAAAACAAAUAGCUGAACAAAACCUGCUUCAUGUACCUCAAACUCUUUAUUGCCUUGAUUGUAAAGCAUCGAUUCUUCUAAGCCAGUCUCAAAGUCUCUCUAAGUUAAAAGAACAAAUGAUUCUUGCACAGAAGAUUGGAAAUGUCAACUUUGAAGUUCUUUCUCUUCGUAAAGUUCUUGAUGUGCACCUUCAUUCUGAUGUCAAAACAUUUCAGCAUGAGCAUGGGAGGAGUUUCCUCAAUAGUGAUGAUAAUUCCAAAGUGCUGCUGGAGAAUACAGUCUCUUCAACAGCAAUGAUGUUUCUUUGGAAUGCAUGGAAGGAGAAACUGUUAUCCUCCGUGGAUUCACUUUCAAAACUAGAAAAGCACCGGGAAAAAGAAGAAGAUAAAAUCUACAUUGAAUUUGCUUUGGAAUAUUUUGGCACCAGAGUGAGCAGAAAUAAUGGAUUCUGCACUGUGUUUAACAGUGAAGCCUUCUGGCUUAAGGGUAGGAAGGAUCAAUUGUUGCAGAGACGAGGAAACUGUGCACAGAUUACUAUCCAAAACUUUUCUAUGUAUGCAAAAGAGUUUCUUCUGAUGGAAAUGUUUUCUGUUGGAGAGGAGGUUGUCAAAAAACUGCAUGAGAUCUAUCUUUCUUGCAAAAAUCAGCAUUGUGCCCUUACUGUUGAAGGCACUCUGAUACUUCAAAUUUAUCUAGUUUCAAAUGCUUUGGAAGAUAAGCUGUUGGCUAGGUUUGGACAGGUGACAAGGUCGAUCAGGAUCCAAUGCCUUAAAGAGCGUUUCUUUGAGGUCUUUUUCCCAUUAAAUACACAGUAUGAAAACACAAAGGAAUUUAUCUCUUUGCGGGAGAAUUCAACAAGCAGUUUGAUUCUCAAAGACAUAACUGUAAAUAUAAUAAACAAAAUAGGCAAUGGCAUAACUCUUGGGCAGGUCGGAAGAUUGCAACUAUUGCUCCCCUUUUUGCCUAGGGAACUGGUGACAAACUAUGGUAAGAAAGUUAUUAAGAGUCUCCAUGACAAAAAUUGCUGGAAUAAUGAACUGCUCUGGCUGCCUAUGGAAACUCUUACAGGGUACACUUUCAAGGAUAAAAGGAUGGAUCUGAUAAAAAGCUUUCAAGCAGCUUUAACCAGUACUUUUCAGGAGUGGGGGAAACACGGUGACUACAUUUCUCCAAAUGUUUUUCUUUCUCUACUGGAAAAGUUGUUCUUCUUUUCAUCUUCAUGUGAAUAUCUCUCUGGAGGCUUAUUUUUGCCAAGGUCUUUCUGUGUAGAGUUUAUAACUGGGGAACAAGGGAACCCCACUUGUGCUUGGUUUUGUCAAUCAAAAUGUCUACCUAGAUGCCAGGGAAGGCUUGAAAGAUUCUAUCGUCCAAUUUAUAAUAUAAUUUAUCAGCUAUUAGUAACUUAUAGAGCUGAAACCUUUAGAUGGAUACAAACUUUCAAGAUUGACAGUCGAGCUUAUUUUCCAGAGUUGGCAGUGCGUUUGAUUAUUAUGCUUUGUUUAAUAGGUGUCAACAGCAUAGGCUUAUUUCAGAAUGCUAUGCAUGUGCUUUCGACCAUCAUCCAAGAUAAGCAUAUCAGAAUGAGUCUGACUCCUAAAUUUGGAGGGAAGCUGCUUCAACUUUUACAACAGUACAAUCCAAACAGAGAUGCUUUUUUCAUCGGCUUCUCCCAGUUAAUGAGACAACUUGAUAACCCUUUGGUGAUGAUUGAUUUAGAUAAAAGUCUCGAGCAUGAAAGUAAUCCUGCAGAUCUCAUUGUUAUUGGGCCAGAGAGCAUAAAAUGUAAGGAGAUUCUCCUUCAGUCCGUCUUUCAGGAUAAAGGUGAUGUAAUUGCUUCAAAGGAAAGUGAGGGAGACAUGAAGAGUAAAGAGCUUCCGAUACACUGCAAAAAUAGCAUGCAGCCAUCAAAUAUUAGUAAUUUUGAAACUAAUACAAAACAUAUUUCUGAAUCUUUUAAAGCUGAAGAGAGUGUUUCUGACAGUUCCGAGUCUCUCAGAGAUAAACAAGAGAAUACUCUCUGCACACCCCUAUUGGACUCCGGUGACAUUGAUCAGCAGAAAAAGAUUGUUCCUUCAGGAGUAGAUUUCAACUCUAGAGAUAAGAAUGUCCACUUUUCAUUACUUGAAGACAUCAAACCAUCUUACAAGUUUGAAGUCGAUGGUCAUUCUCUACCUUGGUUUGUCCAAUGGAGGAUGAAAAGGUGGCUUUCUUGUGCUAGGCGUCAUCUUGAAGAGACACUAUCUAUCAAGGACAAAUAUAUCAGGGAAGCUUGCGAAGUCUUCAAAGGGAACACAAAUUCUUCUUAUACAGAGAUUUUUAUUUCCAAAGCAUGCCCUCUCAAGGCAGAGGUAGACGAACUCUUGGACCUGAUAAAGACCACAACACUGAAGGUAAGACAAGGCAAAGUUCGACCUGAUGAAGAAAAUGAUGUCCUUGAGGAAAUGCAUAACAUCCAUGAAGAAUUGUUAAAUUCAUCUAAACUACUUCAGCCAAGGCAUAAGAAGCAUGAAGAGUAUGACAUUGAAUGGUUACAGAAAGAUGCCAUAGGUCAUACUUCUACCAAAUUACAGGAAAGCAGGGACAAAUGGAACGGAUUUAAGUCUGUAUUUUAGGAUGACACCAACAUUGUCACUGAGUGCAUGCAAACAGAGCAAUCUAAAAGUAAACAAAAGAGAAAGAAAAGGCCAAAGGGAAACAAGAAGGGUGAAAGGAGGAAAUAAAAUCUACGAGAUUUGUGGGUGAAUAUAUAGGACUGAUUUGUGUAUGUAUUUACUGCAUUUCAUGGUUUAAAGUGCCAUUGAAUUAAUGACAUUCUAUUGCUCAAGACUCGACAUCUUUUUGCUAUGCUCUACUUUAAUAUGUUUUAGUAAAACUUACCUCAGUAAACUUGCGCAGACCCUUUGGUAACCAAAACUAAGAUGUCUGGUUCAUCUAUGUCAAAGUGUAGAUAUUUCUUUAAAUUGAAUUUACAUUUUCAGCUUAUCUCCACUCCACUGGUAUUAGGAGAAAGAAUAACUGGCAUUAUAUGUUUUAAACAAUCUAAAAAUUAACAUAUUUAUAUUUAGAAAAAUCAAUGAAAAUAAGUUAAGAGAAAUUGUCUUAAGACUUGAACCAUAAUUUUAAUCGUUAUCCUAAUUGAUCAGUGACCUUAAUUUGAAUGUAAAGCAAAAUAAACCCUAAUUCUAACCUUGCCUAUAAGAUUUAAUCGUCUAAGCUUGGGAAGCUCCCAUACCCAAGAAGGAACAUUCCCAGUGAGAUUAUUGUAUGAUAAAUCCAUGUGUCGCAAAUCCAGCUGCUGAGAAAGAAAUUUUGGGAUUACCCCUCUUAUUACUUGCACAAUCUUGAAUCAAUUUCAAAUUUUAAAUGUCUGAACAGAUAUCUGUUACUG